GCGUUGCCGCAGUGGACAACAGCUGAGGAAUAACUCAUCAACUUAAACUUUGUCUUAACUUUCAACACAACUUUGCACCUUCUGAUAGAUAUUUUCUGAUAGAUAUUCUGAUCUCCAGUUUCCAAUGGAUUGUCCAAGGGCAUUGUUUUUAGCUUUGAUUUUCAUAUGUUUGAAUUUAUCUCACAUUUUAUGCGAUGACGAAAGGUAUGACUGCAGACGGGCUAAUGAGAUCAAGAAGAAAUUAAAACGAUUACAGGGGCUGAGAGAUAGGAUGUUUGAGCUUCAGCUGAACCAAAAUGUAAAGAAUGCUCAGGAUGAGUGCUCCUUAUGUGGAUGUGUGCUUGGACCAAAAGGUAAUCGUGGGAUACCAGGCGAUGUUGGGCCACCGGGGAAAAAAGGUGCGCAUGGGCCGCCGGGGCCGAAGGGUUUGACAGGAUUUACUUGUUUACCGGGACCGGCACAAAUACCUCCGCCAAUCCGAGGAGAUAAUGGAGUGAGAGGUACUGCUGGAGAACCAGGAGACAAAGGCGAUCAGGGUCCUUGUAUGUGUGAGGACAACUUUUGGCCGUGUGAUAUGUGCCUGAGGGACCCCAGGGGUCCCCCAGGGGAGCCGGGUUUUCCCGGAUUGCCAGGCCUUGAUGGCAUUCCAGGAGAAAAAGGUCAACCAGGUUUCUAGCUAUCCUCAACUUUGACCUUUCCACUUUAAUCAUGGAUCUUACAGACGAUUAGCUAUAAGAAAUUGGGUAGCGGAAUUUAACCAGAGCCUAUUAAAUAAGGACUUCCGUCAUUUCGCCUGUUUGCCCCUCCACCUACCAGGUGGCGCUAAUCGCAUUUUGAUGUUGAUGACUGAUGAACUAAGGUGUGCUCGUUAUUUGAGGGGCUUAGGUUUCACUGGAAGAAGCAUACGGUAGUUAAAUACAACGUUUUGAGGACAGUUUACUAUUAAACAGCCAGUUCAGACAAAAAAAUAUGAUGCCAAAAUGCGACGAAAUAUGAAUUCAUAAUAUCCAGGGAAAUCUAGCUAUCUUUCUGGUGUAUGUUGUUGAUACUUUCACAUUUAUUAUCGUGUUCUAGCCAAUGUAAUAUACUUUGUAUCCUCCGUCAAUCUGGAUUGCUGUAGCGAUCCAAGAAGAAUGAAUAAUGCAAUAAAUGUAGGGAUUUACUGCCGGUAUGUACAUUUGUUUUAUUAAAUAGAUACUGACUUGAAUCUGAAACACUCUUUCUGAAAUAGAGCGUGGCAAACUC